CUUGACUGAAGAAGCCGUCUGCCUGCCUCCGACUCCCGCGUCUCUCCUCCAAGUGAUCUCCUUCCACCUUUGCCGAUCGCCCGUUGCCACCGGCCGGGCGAUCCUCGUACUUCCACUUCCACCAUGGCCUCCUCCUCCUCUUCCUCCUCCUCCUCCUCCUCCUCCUCCUCCUCCUCCCGCUUCCUCCUCCCGCUGCUACUGCUCUGUUCGCACCUCUCCCUCGCCUCGGCAGAGGAGGCGGCGUCGGCGGCAGCGGACCUCCUCAGCGAGGCGCGCGCGCCGGGGUUCGCCGCGUGGCUGCGCGGCGUGCGGCGGCGCAUCCACCAGCGCCCCGAGCUGGCCUUCCAGGAGUUCCGCACCAGCGAGCUCGUGCGGGCCGAGCUCGACGCGAUCGGCGUCCCGUACCGGUGGCCCGUCGCCCAGACCGGCGUCGUGGCCACCAUCGCGGGCGCCGCCGCCGGCCCCGUCGUCGCGCUCCGGGCCGACAUGGACGCGCUCCCCGUGCAGGAGCUGGUGGACUGGGAGCACAAGAGCCAGGAGAGUGGGAAAAUGCACGCUUGCGGACACGACGUGCACACGACAAUGCUUCUGGGGGCUGCCAGAAUACUCCAGGAUCGCAAGAGCGACCUAAUGGGCACCGUGAAGCUUGUAUUCCAGCCGGCAGAGGAGGGCCAGGGCGGCGCGUACUACGUGCUGCAAGAAGGCGUCCUUGACGACGCGUCAGCCAUAUUCGGCUUGCACGUUGACCCGGCCCUCCCCGUCGGCGUCGUUUCGUCCAGGCCAGGGCCCUUCGCGGCGACGUCCGGUCGGUUCCUGGCGACGGUCACCGGUAAAGGCGGGCACGCCGCGAUGCCCCACGAAUCCAUCGACCCUGUUGUAGCUGCAGCCACUACUGUCGUCAGCCUCCAGAAGAUCAUCUCCCGAGAAAUCGAUCCCCUGCAGGGCGCGGUUGUGUCCGUCACUUUUCUGAAGGGAGGAGAAGCGUACAAUGUCAUCCCAGAGAAUGUGGCCUUUGGCGGCACCAUGAGGAGCAUGACGAAUGAAGGUCUAUCGUAUCUCAAGAAGAGGAUCAAAGAGAUCGUCGAAGGACAGGCAGCGGUGCACCACUGCAGUGCCAGCGUGGACUUCAUGGAGGACACGAUGAAGCCGUACCCGGCCGUGGUCAACGACGAAGGGAUGUACGCUCACGCCAAGGAGGUGGCCGAGGGCCUCCUUGGGGAGAAGAACGUCAGGGUGGGUCCCCAGGUGAUGGGCGCGGAGGACUUCGGGUUCUACGCGCAGAGGAUGGCGGGCGCCUUCUUCACCAUCGGGGUCGGCAACGCGAGCACCAUGGCGACCAUCCAUUCCACCCACUCGCCUCACUUCGUCGUCGACGAGGACGUGCUUCCCGUCGGAGCUGCGUUCCAUGCUGCUGUGGCGAUUGAAUAUGUCAGGAAGAACCGUGCGUCGACCUAAACGCUAAACUCAAAUAAAUCAGACGGAACAAAACGGCAGUAGUUUGUCUUAGGUGUCACUAUAUAUAAUGCGAGUAUUUACAUCU